UGAAUAUCGGGUCCCAUUACCAUCUCUACUCGCAACGCAAAGUUUCGACUAUUUUCGUGGAGAUCGUGUGGCCUCGUGGGGAGUACUGGAGUGGAAGAACCCAAACGGCCACAAGAAACCGAAACCGGCGGUGGGCAGCGUCGCGAUGGCCUCGCCGGCGCGGCGGUCCGGGCACCGUCGGCUCGACGACACCCAGGAGUUGGCCCUCCCCGACGACCUCCUCGCGGAGGUCCUGAUCCGCCUCCCGUCCCUCGCCGACCUCGGCCGCGCCUCCGCCGCCUGCGCCUCCUUCCGCCGCGUCGCCACCGACCCGGCCUUCCUCCGCCGCGCGCGCGCGCUCCACCCGCCGUCGCUCCUCGGGUUCUGCGCCUCGCCCGGCGGCUUCCACCCCGCCGAGCCGCCCCACCCGUCCGCGCCCGCCGCCCGAGCCGUGCUCCGCGCCGCCGACUUCGGCUUCUCGUUCCUCCCGUCCCCGCUCAGCUGGGUCGUCCGUGACGUCCUCGACGGCCGCUUCCUGCUCGACCGCGACGGCGGGGAAGGCGGCGCCGCCCUGAGGAUCCUCGCCGUGUGCGACCCCCUGUUCCGGCGGUACUCGCUGCUCCCCCAGAUUCCUGAAGACCUAGCCGCCUCCGUCCGCCGGCGACCGCGCCGCGGCGUGGCUCCCAACGGCAGAUUCGAUACCUUCUUCGCUCCGAUCGGCGAAGAGGAGCGCGCCGCGGCGGCGGUGGCUGAGACGUCAUUCAAGGUGAUCUGGAUUGCGCAGUGCCCAGAUAAGCUUGUGGCCUUUGUCUUCUCUUCAGUCACUGGACAGUGGCGAGCCACUGCAUCUCCCUGCUGGGGCGAUCUGAGCCCUGCCUUCUCGCGCCCCGCUUGCCGCUCCCUGUUGCGCCGCAGCUACGCAUACGGCUGCUUCUACUGGAUGAUGGGUGACUCAGGGAAUCUGCUUGUGCUCGACAUGUGUAAGAUGAAUUUCUCCAUUGUCAAGCUCCCAUCGAGCCCGCCUGGUCGUGACAUUGUGGAAUGCGCCAUCGUAGAGGCAGGAGAAGGCAAGAUUGGGAUGUUUGCUUUCUGUAAUUGCAUCGACAUUUAUGCACUCGAGCUCUAUUCUACAACCAUGCAAAAUGAAGGAAGAGUUGCCAGCAAGUGGAGUUUUGAGAGUGCAAUUUUAAUGCCUUCUCGGGAUGGAUUUCGCGUGCUAGGUGUGACUGGCAAGGAAUUGUGCUUACAAGUUUCUCCUAUUUGUGUGAGCGGAUGUUAUUUGCUGGAGUUCAGUACAAAUCCAAGUUGCAAGAAACUUGAGUUUGUCCGGAGGGUGAUCAGGGGUGUUCGAACUUCUCUGCCAUUCCUGUAUGUCGGCUACCCACCAUCUCUAUCAUCACCAAGCAUAUGAAGCGGCAACAGCAGUACGUCUUCGUUUCAGUGGUUAGUCGACUAUGAGCCUCUCUUUUGUGCCAUGCAGCUGGUGCAAGGUAGUACUCUCUAGUGUUAGGGUAGCUAUCUGUUUCGUCGGCAUUUUUUUGAUGAUAUGCAUAUCAUGAUAUCGAACACCGAUUGGCCUUCCUGUUUUGUUGAACGCCGCAAGUACUAUGUAUUCAAGGAUCUUUGUUACCAAGCUUUUGCCCUUGGAAAUGCGCUGGUGCUUCGUUGGUUUUU